AGCCGUAAAGCGUAUUAUUAAAAAAAAUAUAUAUCCAAUUAAUUGAAAACAAAUAGCGCCAAAACUUUGAAGUUUUAAAUUAAAUUUUACCUUGUAAUCUUGUACCGACUCGUAAAUCUAUGUACCUACCUUCUUAUUACAUUCUUUUAUUCGAAAAUGACUUCAAUAAGUGAUAAAAUAACCAGCUUACAAUUAACCCUUGAAUCAGUUACUAAACGCUGUGUAAAAAACGCAAGAGAAGAAAACUCACUACGUAGUUUAGAACGAUCCUUGAAUGAAGAAAUUAUGGUAUACAAAUGCGAAUGUGAAUUUAUGUCACAACAAAUGCUGGAUCUAAAAAAUGAAAUCUCGCAUGGAAUCCAUCAACUGUCAAUAACAGAAAUAUGUCGCGUUUCGGAAAAAUGUAAAAUGGAAAAUCAUUUACAAAGCGUCAGAGCAUUUAAACAAGGCUUCGAUGAUAUGUACGCAAGAGAACGUGAGAUAUCCGAACUACAGGACAAAGAAUUACAAAUAAAACAUGCAAAAGAAGAAGAAAUAGAACUACAGAAGAUCGCAAAGAUUUUGGAAAUAAAUAACCAGAAAGAUAUGGAGGCCGUCGCUAUAGAAAGCGAAUGCGAUGCUAUAGAUCGCGAAUGUGCUAUUUUGAAGAAAAGAAAUAGUGCCAUUAUGUUAAAAAUAAGACGUCAGUUAUUGGAAGCAGAGGACACCAGGCGCGAACGUUUGAGGAAAAAUUAAUUGUCUAUGACAAAAUUCAAGUAAUUUUAUUCACAGCACAAUUAGUUAAUUUGUAAUAAAUAUUUCAAUAAAAAGUAUAAUUAAAUUAAAACUAGUGAAAGAUAUUUAAA